AUGGGUGCUAUGGCCCAUUCGACGCCUAAAAAGAAUAAACUUCAAGGAGCCUGUGAAUUCAACGAUGCACAUGGUAUCCCAUACUUUAAAUCUGACGCAUUUCGGCAUUUCGGCUUUAGCAAGUCAUCCGGCUGGGCUGCCCUCCGUGAGCCUGAGCAAAGAAAUGGACGAACAUUUCAUUCGACAUACUCCGAGACUAGAGGAAGGCGUCGAUUGAUAGAUAAUCAACGUCUUGCUCAGCUUGAAAGAUUCCUUGAAUCUGAUGGCUUUGAUGCUCGUAUAACUUCCUGGGAAGCAAUGCCAGCAGCAGCUGGCCUUGAUAUCGAGGUUUCUGGCCGUACAGUACAUCGAAUGCUUGGUACUCGAAGCUGGCGUUUCUGUAUAGCUUGUUCGAAGACCUGGAUCUCGCCACAGUUAAAAGAAACAAGAGAAAAAUACUGCCGUGGCUUGCUUGAGAAAUAUAGCACUGAUCCAAUACACUGGAGGCAUUUCCGCUUUACCGAUAAGACUCACUUCGGAUAUGGCCCUCAAAGCAAGAUCUAUAUCUGCCGGCGCCCCUGGGAAAGAACAUGUGCAGAUUGCCUUGUUGAAAAUCAGCAGCCAGAGAAAGAAAUGGAUCAAAAACAGAAUCGAUUGCAUGCCUGGACAGCAGUUGGCUAUGAUAGCUUCAAGGAUGGUCUUCACUGGUAUAAUAUUCCAUCGAAUCAGAAUGGCAAGAUGAACUUACAAGUUUAUUGCAAUAAGAUUCUUCAACCAGUUUUUGUAUUAGAAGAAGAUAACGAUUCAGGGCAUGGCGGUACGCGAGGAAAUAAUAUUGUACGCAAGUGGAAGGAGGAAAAUAGCAUUGUAAGCCUUUUCAAUUGUCCUCAAUCGCCAGAUCUCAUCGCAAGCCCUAUUGAAAGGGCUUUUCAAGGGCCGAAAAUGUAUGUACGGAAACAGCCACAUUGGGAUGAUGAUACAUUAAGGCUUUCAGCCCAGGAAGGCUUUGAUGCUUUAUCUGUUUCUACUGUAAAUAGCUGGAUUGAUGCAAUUCCUCAGAUUUUGCAAGAUUGCGUCGAUAAUGAUGGUGGAAUUACUGGGCAUUGA